CUCAAUACAAAAACACUACAACUGCUUGGACUGUGACUUGGUCUACACGUCAAAUUGUUAUCGUGCGAAGCAUUCGUUGAUUCGGCUUCAGAAAAGUCGGUGAAACAUCUCAAGGUAAAAUGUACAAAUAUUACAGCGCGCCUCAACUAUUGAGGAAUGAAAACUUAAACAGGGUUCAGACUGGUUACGGUAAUAAUAACAAUAAUGUGAUACCAAAUAGAAACAGCAAACCAGACGAAGUGGUAGAAGCUCCGUUAUACGCAGGAGUGGUGACUGAAAAUGGAACAGUUUCAUUGGUUCCUACCCAAUUUGUGGUGAGAACAAAGAAUCCAACUUACCCAAUAGUGUGUCUUGAAUGUCAUCAAACAUUUCCAGAUAAAAAGAAUCUUCAAUCACAUACUCGUUUGGUACAUGACAAAAGAAGUGCACAUAUAUGCCCACAUUGUAACAUGAUAUUCCAAAGAGAGAGAAGAUUAAAGGCACACAUGAAGACGUACAAAGCGCAAGGAUGUGAAUUACAUAUAUGUACAUUUUGUAAUAAGAUCUUUAAAAAAGCGUCCAGGCUGAAAUUCCAUAUGUCUUCUCACACUGGGCGUGGCUUAUUUGAGUGCCAGCAAUGUGGAAAGUUAUGGAAAACCCAGUCCAUACUCACACGCCACCUUGAAACACAUAUAAAGGAGAAAAGGUUCCUUUGCUCAGUUUGCAAUAAGCAUUUCGCUUCAGCGUAUAGUUUAAAGAUUCAUAUGAACAUUCACACAGGUGAACGAACAUUCCCUUGUCCUGUAUGCAGCAAAGUUUAUUCGGAAAAACGUUUUUUGAGGGUACAUAUGUGUAUUCAUACAGGAGAAGGCAGUUUUAUAUGCCAAAUUUGCUCCAAAAAAUUUUACUCGUCAAGUCAGCUGAAGUUACAUAUGUGUAAACACACUGGCGAGCGACCGCAUGUUUGUAAUGUGUGUAAUGAAUCGUUCUUGGUUCGCACUUCAUUGACCCGUCAUAUGUACAAACAUACUGGUGAAAAACCACAUUCAUGUUUGACAUGUGGGAAAAAGUUUGUCCUGAAGCAAGAUUUAAAAGAACAUAUAAAAACCCAUACAGAGCGAUCGCAUUUUUGUAAGAUAUGCCUGCGAGGCUUCACCACCGGAGCAUACCUGAACAGGCAUUUGAAACAACACAAGGGUAAAGGAAAAUUUCAGUGCGAAGAAUGCGGCUUAGCUUUUGUAACGAAGAUUUCGCUGAAGAAUCACAAUCGAGAAUAUCAUUUACAAAAUGCACAACAUGACAAGGACGUUUCUAGUGUCGUGAACAAACUUGUUAAGAAUGUGGACAAGAUUGUGAGGAAAAGGAAAUAAAAAG